AAAGUGUGACCUUGUCACGAGUUCCGGUUGUGUGAGAGACCAUUUUCGUUAUUACAGAUGUUCAACGUUUACAGUGGCCAAAUGAUUUUGAGACGUCUUCGACUAUGGAAAAGAUCUCCGACGAGGAUGGGAUUCGAACCCACGCGUGCAGAGCACAAUGGAUUAGCAGUCCAUCGCCUUAACCACUCGGCCACCUCGUCAUGUGUCUGCACCUUCAGGCACUAUUGUUCCUCGUCGUCAGUGUUAAACCUCAAACUUAAGAUGGUGGACUCUCAGUACUACCUCCCAAAUGAGAUUGGUGUAGCGUCUCUUGACUGCAGUGAGGCCUUCCGUUUGCUGUCACCUCAGGAGAAGAUGUACGCCCACUACCUGUCACGCGCAGCUUGGUAUGGUGGUCUGGCAGUGCUGUUGCAGACAUCCCCAGAGUCUGCAGAUAUCUUUGUCCUGCUGCAGAGAAUCUUCAGGAAGCAGACGCCUGCACAGCUGGAACAGGUUGCAACAACAACUGGAAUCAGCUCUGAGGAGUACCAGGCAUUCUUGGUGUAUGCAGCUGGUCUGUAUGCCAACAUGGGAAACUACAAGUCUUUUGGAGACACCAAGUUCAUCCCAAAUCUACCCAAGGACAAGCUGAAGGCUCUGGUGAAGGCCAGCCAGGCAUUCCAGGACCAGCCCACUGAGAUGGAGGCUCUGUGGGACAGCUGCUCGUGUCUCCUCUACUCCCUGGAAGACAGACAGAAACAGCUGGGGUUGGGCGACAAGGGAAUUACCACAUACUUCUCAGGAAACUGCAGUCUGGAGGAUGCCGAGAUGGCCCAGAAGUUUCUUGACUCUAAAAAACUGUCUGCUUACAACACCCGUCUGUUUAAGAGGGACAAUGGAGGGAAAGCCUGCUAUGAGGUGCGCCUCGCCUCAGCUGUGCAGAAAGACUGCACAGUGGAGGGGGAAUGCGAGUCAUGCUGCGGCAGCUUCAACUUUGAAGACAAAGAGUUCACUGUGAAGAGGGGAGAUUAUGCUCCUCUCAUGGAGAAGGUCUCUUAUUACCUCCAACAAGCACAGGCCUACGCUGCUAAUGAGAACCAGAGAAAGAUGCUGGAGGAGUACAGUCGCAGCUUCACCUUUGGCUCAGUUGACGCCCAUAAAGAAGGCUCGCGCUACUGGAUCAAAGACAAGGGACCAAUUGUUGAGAGUUAUAUAGGUUUCAUAGAGAGCUACAGAGACCCAUUCGGCUCCAGAGGAGAGUUUGAAGGUUUCAUAGCGGUUGUGAACAAGGCGAUGAGUGAGCGUUUUGCCAAGUUGGUGAGCUCAGCAGAAGUCUUGCUCCCUGAGCUGCCGUGGCCCAGGGAGUUUGAGAAAGACACAUUCCUAAAACCUGACUUCACUUCGCUGGAUGUUCUCACCUUUGCUGGCAGUGGAAUACCAGCUGGCAUCAACAUCCCCAACUAUGAUGACAUCAGACAGUCGGAGGGCUUUAAAAAUGUGUCGCUAGGCAACGUGCUGGCUGUAGCCUAUGCCACACAAAAAGACAAAUUGACCUUCCUGCAGGAGGAAGACAAGGAUUUGUUUAUCAAGUGGAAGGGCCCAUCAUUCGAGGUGCAGGUCGGACUUCAUGAGCUGUUGGGUCAUGGAAGUGGCAAGCUGUUUGUCCAGGAUGACAUGGGUAAAUUCAACUUUGACCAGAGUAAGGUGACCAACCCAGAGACUGGAGAGCCGGUGUCCAGUUGGUAUCGGGGCAGCGAGACAUGGGACAGUAAAUUUUCUACGAUUGCUUCCUCUUAUGAAGAAUGCCGCGCUGAGUGUGUCGGACUCUAUCUGUGUCUCAUCAAGCAAGUCCUCAGUAUUUUUGGCCACGAGGGCCAGGAUGCAGAGGACGUGGUGUACGUCAACUGGCUCAGCAUGGUCCGAGCUGGACUGUUGGGCCUGGAGUUCUACACAGCUGAGAGCAAGAGCUGGAGACAGGCCCACAUGCAGGCGCGUUUCGUGAUCCUGCGAGUUCUGCUGGAGGCCGGGGAGGGCCUGGUGGGCCUGGAAGAAGUGACGGGACAGGACGGCAAGCCUGAUGCUCGAAUCACACUGGACAGAAGCAAGAUCCACACUGUGGGGAAGAACGCCAUCCACAGGUUCCUCUGUAAACUGCAGGUCUUAAAGGCAACGGCAGAUGUGGAAGGAGGCAGAGCUCUCUAUGACCUCUACUCCACCGUCGACGACGGCAGUGCUCACAACUUUGUGCGUCUCCGGGAGACGGUAUUGUUGAGGAAAGAAGCUCGUAAGAUGUUUGUCCAGGCCAACACCAGAGUCAGUGGGGACAGCGUAGAGUUGGUUGACUACGAAAGCAGCGCGGCAGGUUUGAUUCGCUCCUUCACCGAACGCUUCCAAGACGACGCAGAGCAACUGGAGGCCGACCUUUUGGAGCUGUGCAAAAGAGAUGCCCCCUGCUGGUGUUGAUGGAGGAUCUGCUUCAAAAAUACCAACUGGAAUUAGAUGUUCUGUAUGUGAAAAUUGAUUAUUAAUGGAUGUUAAACACACAACUGUACUCCAAAUCCUGUUCGACACUUCUGAAGAGACAACAUACAAGUUGUAUAGUAUCAAACAAGUUUCAUACUAUACAAUAAAGCCAUAAUAACAGAUCUGCCUAAGACACCAGCCACAGUUUUUCUGUACAUGACUUCGAUCUAAUGUUAGGUGUUGUCUUUGAUAUCACAAUCAAAUACAAAUAAAUGAUUUGACAACUCUUUUAAAAGCAUUUAGGACAUGUAUUCUUCCAAUGAAGUAUUGAGAACCAAUGCUGCCUGACAAUAAAAAUGGCUCCUGGGUCAUUUUUCACUAUCAAUGCAAGGUCAGAAUUUGGCUUGAAACCUUCACAAAACGUUAAUUAUAAUUAUUUGUCCAGCCAAAGGCAGAAUAAUACCUGACACUAAUUGUAUGUGUAAAGAAGUCAUGACUGAUUACUUGACUGUAUAAAAUAUUGAUGAGUCUGGAAGGCCAAAGGAAGCGCUGUAUGUACUCUGUUGACUGAACAAAUUAAAUUGGUUUGAUAAGAA